AUGUCACUUGGUGACUCUGGACCAACGGCUGCAGUGAUAUUACCUGAACAUAAAGCCAUUGUUGAUGUGUUGGCCGGUUAUGGUGUGGAUGUGUUUGAACUCGUCGAUCCAUCCGAGCUUGCACAAUCAACAAGCACGUCCUUCUUCGUUCCAGCCAUUACAUGCCGCCUGGUCUCCGAAAUUUUCCCUCAACAAGUUUUCCUGAGGAGCACGCCGGAGUACACGGAGUGGCGUAAUCUCUUCUGGUCACAGCAGCAAUCCGAAUCGAAACCUGCCUGUAUCUUGCAGCCAACUUCGAGCCGCCAGGUUGCCAUAGCUUUAUUGAUAGCUCGCCUAUGGAAUUGCCCAUUUGCUGUGAAGAGCGGUGGCCACGCUGCAUUUGCCGGCGCGUCUAGCAUCACAGAUGGUUUAACCAUUGACCUGCAGCGACUAAACACGAUCCAACUGGCCUCGGAUAAGAAAUCUGUCAGGGUUGGCCCCGGAAACCGCUGGAUUGACGUAUAUAAAAGCCUUGAGCCUCAAAGUCUGACCGCCAUUGGUGGCCAACCCGACAUCAGUUUCGAAAACGUUGAUUUUCCCCAUUUUCCCCCAUCCCCUUCUCCCCUAGGUGGCAUUUCGUUCUACUCAGCGCAGUACGGUUUUGCAUGCGACAACGUAAAUAGUUUUGAGGUUGUCAUCGCCAAUGGCCGGAUUUUGAAUGUCAACCAACAAAGACAUCCAGAUUUAUACUGGGCUCUUCGGGGCGGUGGUAAUAACUUUGGCAUUGUGACACGGUUCGACUUAGCAACCUAUCCCGUCGAAGAACUAUGGGCUGGUUCACGGAUAUACAUCGUGGACGACAGCACGCGAAAACCCCUCCUUGCCGCUGUGGUUAAAUUUGCCGACGAAUGGCCUUCCGAUCCCCGGGCUGCAUUAAUUUGCAAUUUUGCAUAUGCCCAAGGUAUGUUCGUCGCAGCCAUCGACAUGGAAUAUACGAAGCCCGCGGAAAAUCCACCGAUUUUCGACACAUUCAAAGCAAUCCCCGCGAUGAGAGAUACCAUGGGCAUCAAGUCCCAAUCAAAUGUUACUCUUGAAUUCAAGGCCUCUAAUCCCAACGGCUUGCGUGAAAGCUACUGGACCGUCACAGUCAAACUCGACAUCGAGAUGAUCACCUUCGUCGCGGAUUCGUACAUGGCUGGCAUUGAUCCAAUCAAGAACGUGACUGGUAUCGUCCCAGCGCUCACCUUGCAAGUCAUCAGUCCCAGUAUGAUCGCGAAGAUGAGCAAGAAUGGCGGUAACGCGCUUGGCCUGAAGCCGUCUGAGGGGCCCCUUCUGCUGGUAUUGGUAAAUGUUAUGUGGGCCGAUAGGGCAGACGAUGAGGCCGUCCUCAAGGCUGUUUCUGAUAUCAUCAACGCGGUCAAGUAUGAGGCCGAGUCCAGCAAAAAGCUCAACAAAUUCAUAUACAUGAACUACGCCAGCCAGUUCCAGAAUGUGAUUGAGUCGUAUGGCUCCGCGAACUAUGAGCGUCUGCUGCAGGUGGCAAGGAGAUAUGAUCCCUCCCGGGUUUUCCAGGAGUUGCAACCCGGGUAUUUCAAGCUCACUCCUGGAAGAUGA